AUUCGAUUGUGUUCGUGUACAGUUCGUGCCUGGUCGUGUUGGAAGUAGCCAGUGAGCUCGUAGUGUUGUACACGGCUGUGUUUUCUGCUGGUGUUGUACACUUUGCAGUUGUUGUGCAGUGGCUUGUGGUGAAAGGGGAGAAAGCAAUCGCUCCCUGGCAGAAGCACAUAACCUGCCGCCAUACAAACAUCUAUGAAAAACAGAUUUUGGCACACAAGAUGCAUACGCAUCGCUGGUUCUUCGCGUUUUACCUAUUGACGCUGUGCUUCUGCCCGAAUCACACCACACAUCUGAAAGGCAAAUUUCGCAGUAACGACUUCUUCAAGUUCCUCGUCAAGUUCGGAUUCCAGAAGACCGACCUACACCUUCGAGAAAACACCCACGGAUAUAUUUUCGGCAAUAUUACGUCAAAUCAACACUUCCCAGUGCCAGUUACAUUUGCAGUAUUAGACAGAUCAUAUUUUCUGGACUACUAUCAAAAUCAUGUAUUAUAUGACAAAUCAGAAGCAUGCAAGCGAAUGUUUGCACAGCUAAAGACCAAAGCAUUUGACCCAAAAUGCUCACCAAAUGGCAAUGAUUAUCUUAGACAAGUGCCAUGUCCAAAAGGCAAGAGAUGUGUGGAUGAGGAUUCUGCCUGGAAUGUAGUCAAGGAUUAUCAGUUGACCUAUGUGAUACAAGAUCUAAAACAGCCAUCAUUCUGGUAUGUGUCUUUUGUGGCAUGCUACAGGAAUAAAACAACCUGUGAAUGGAACCACUAUGAUAUGGGCAAUGACUAUGAGUUGGAAUAUGAUCUCUGGCUGGUUAAUGGCAAUCCAAAUAUAUCAUCAUUCAGCACACUAUCCUAUCAAUUUUCAUUUGAUAGACAAAACACACUUGAAUUAUACUUUUUGUUCUGGUUGUGCUACAUGGUACUGGUACCGCUGCAAUUGUAUGCAGUCAGAAUACAAAAACAUCCUGUCACCAAGCUGUUUACUGCUAGUCUUCUAUUGGACUUUAUUGCAUUAUGUCUCAUCAUGAUCCACACACUGAAGUUUUCUUUAGAUGGAAUGGGAUAUCCGAAACUGGCUAUGGCAGGCGACAUAUUUGAUAUUUUAGCAAGAACUUCAUUCAUGUUACUUUUGUUACUUUUGGCAAAAGGAUGGGCUGUUACAAGAUUAGAACUAACAUGGAAACCACUGGUAUUUGCAAUUUGGUUGUGCUACGGCGUGGUUCACAUUCUACUCUACGUAUGGAAUUUGACUGAAGUAGACAUAAUAGAAGACAUUGACGAGUAUCAAACAUGGCCGGGCUGGUUAAUGAUUGUGUUUCGAUCGCUAAUAAUGAUUUGGUUUUUGUACGAACUGCGCACGACGAUGUUGUACGAGCACAAUACACAGAAGCUCAACUUUCUGCUGCACUUUGGUGCCUCCAGCCUUGUGUGGUUCAUCUAUCUGCCGAUUUUGGCGCUGAUUGCGCUGCACGUGUCAGCGUUGUGGCGUUUUAAGCUGCUGCUGGGUAUUACUUACUCGGCCGACUGUGUGGCAUACUGUGUGAUGGCACAUUUGCUUUGGCCUACUCGUUCGGAACAAUAUUUCCUGUUAGCGGGUAUGUCAGCUGCCGAUACAGAGGAGUUAGAUGAGUUCAACGAGGCGCCGCACAUUGUCAACAACUCCUACACGUCAUUGAGUAGCCUCAGUAGCCUAGAGAUAAGCAACUAUGACGACGCGCGUGUCAAGAACAACAACAUUCACACCUAGACACGCGUAACUAGCGGAGAUUAGUGCAAAUUCUGAGAGAUUUCAUUGCAAUCCAUCAUGAGUAAUAAUGUUGUGGCAAUGUUAGAGAUAUGUAACAAACAUAGAAGUAUCAAAUGGUCAAUUGAGGAAACUCGCGGCAAUCUAGUCCACAUUGUUUCAUGAUAGUGUUAGUAAGCAGGAUUAAGGCGCAGAAGAAGUGUGUGUUGUUUAGGAAGUGAUAAGAGUUUAGCGAACGAAAUUAUUGCCAUAUAUGAAAAGCAUCGAGAUAAAUUUUAAAUCAUUUCAAAUUCAAGUACAAUAUACCUGGAAAUUAAAUAUUAUCUACCGGAUUAGUAGAAAGGCACAACAUUCCAGACGUAGAUAACGCAAUCAAUCGUAUUUAUUGAUAUUUUAUAGAACUAUCAACGACAUCGAUACGCAAAAUUAAUGUAGAAAUUAUAUAUUUAUCAUAAUCAUGAGAGUUGUGUUUGUUACCAAUACGUGUUUAUAAGAAAAACGUGUGUGUCUUCACCAGCACAUUAUUGUUGAACUAGUUCAAUAAGUCUGUUUGCCACCGUGUGUGUAAUUGUUCACGAGCAAACGGAUUGAACAAAACUUCGCUCGUCCUUGCCAAUUUUCUAACGAAACCGUUGCUACUUGAUUUUCACUUGUUGGAUGGUUUCCUCUCAAACCGUGUGUCUUUCUAGAAUCAAUUAUGAAACUGAGUAUAAAGUUGGUAGCUUUUAAGGAUAUUUUUAUAUAAGAACAGAACAAAUACUGAUGCCACCCUCGCUGGCGUCGGGUAACGAAAUUUUCAUUACACUUUACCGAUAAGCUGACUAAUUCUUGUAUAUUAUUUGCUCAAGCGACGCAUUUUGAUUUUAAACAUAAACUAUUUUAUGUAUUUCACACUGUACAUAAAUACAUUAUUUGCGCAUGUGAUACAUUCAUAAUUAUGAGAUUAUUAAGUGAAGAACCUACAUUAUAAAUAUUGAUUAUAUAAGCUAGGCGUAAGAAUUUAAUGUAUGAUAUGAUGAAAUCGUCUAGUUCACGUUAUAACAUUGAAAUGAUAAUGAAGAAAUUCGUCCAUUUGCUAUUUGCAUGACAUAUUUUGUAUAAUGACUGAUGCGGCCAUUUUGAUUGGCAGAGGGAAACUGUUUGCCAAAUUAGGCUAAUAUGGGUGCGAUUGCGUGUUAACUACGUAUUAUCACGAUGUGAUGCACAUGCACGCUCACGUGUGAACAUAAGCUGUUACAGAAUGAUGGAUUUUAUCUUUCAUUACCUGAUUAGAAGUCCGUACUACUCUUCUUGGUGUUGUCUGUACAGAUUUGAACAAUGUGUAGAUUGUAAUAGGGCUAUGAUUUGUAACCACUUCAUUUUCAUUUAUUGCGAGGGUAUAUUGUGAUCGACGUUUAGUUUUACAUUCAUUUCUGCUGUGUAUGUAUGUUAUGGACAUGGUUAAUUAUAAACUAUUCAACAAUUUCUAUUUGUAGAAUGAAUUGUUCAUAGGAAAUUAGAAUAACCUUUGGAAGUUCUUAAGUUAAAAUUGUUUAAAUUCUUAAAUAAAAUUGAAGUAAAAUUUAAAAUAAAA